AUGGCGGAUAUAGGGCCCAAGAUGCCCUGGCCUGUGUGGCUGAAAUUGCACAGCAAGGCAAUUCUUCAAGCUUUGCCAGUGGCUUUUCUCAUUGUGGUGGAAGCGAGAGAUAUGUACUACCGCGCAACCUGGAAUGUUCUGCCUGUUCCCCCUUCAAAGUUUCAAACCGGUGACGUGAUUGUGCUCUGCAAUCGCUGGUAUACGCUACCGGCGUGGUCGCAGAAGCUCUAUAGCCUUCUGUCGAAAGUUCUACUUAAAUGUGCGUGGGACGAUGUUGGGUUUGUUGUGAUGCGGGCAAACGGUGAGCCGCACCUUGUUUACUGUGAUUUUUCAGGUGUCCACGAGGAACCAUUAGGCUCGUUUUUGAACUCCCGACGGCCGAGAGGCGCAGCGGUGCGGAAGCUGAACCUAGGUGAGGGCACCCAGCCUCCAAGCACGGAUAUCGCUAAUAUCUUUAUGGUGGAAGUCAUGAAAAAUAAGCCGCAACCUUGGUAUCUGUUCUCUGCAAGCAUGCGUAACGGUCCGGAGCACAAGUACUAUGAAUUUUGCGUUAGCAUGAAUAAACAACGCUGCAAGAUACGAGAUAUGACACACCGUUCUCAAUCACAGCAAGCCAUCAAAAACCAGGUAGAGCGAUUACACGAAAUGGAAGUCAUGCGAGAUUAUUUAGCGACUAGCGUAGAGAGAGAUACAAAAUUUCAUCUCUUUAAUGGCUCGCUAGUAGCGUCUUUCCUCGCUACGUAUGGGUUUCUGGAUCGAGUUCUGCCACCGCCUUCGCGGUACGUACCACAAGACUUUGCACGUGACAUGCCGUUCACGGGCACAACUUCACUCGACGAACCGGUCGUCUUUUUUAAGACUUAG